GAGCGCCUGCAGGAGCCGGCUACGGCAUGGAUGGGAAGAAAUGCAGCGUGUGGAUGUUCUUACCUCUUGUGUUCACCCUCUUUACCUCAGCUGGAUUAUGGAUAGUGUACUUCAUAGCAGUGGAAGACAAUAAAAUCAUCCCUCUGAGUGUGCCAGACAGGAAACCUGGCUCCAAGAGACCACCUUACAUAAGCAUUGCAGGGGACACCCCUCCAGCCAGCUGUGUCUUCAGCCAGGUGAUGAACAUGGCUGCAUUCCUAGCCCUGGUGAUGGCUGUGCUGCGCUUCAUCCAGCUGAAGCCCAAGGUGCUGAACCCCUGGCUGAACGUCAGUGGCCUGGUGGCCUUGUGCUUGGCCUCCUUUGGCAUGACCCUGCUUGGAAACUUCCAGCUCUCCAACGAUGAGGAGAUCCACAACGUGGGCACCUCACUGACCUUUGGCUUUGGCACCCUGGCAUGCUGGAUCCAGUCUGCCCUCACCCUCAAGAUCAACCUGAAGAAUGAGGGGCGGAAGGUUGGGAUCCCGCGAGUGGCACUGUCGGCCAGCAUCACCCUCUGCGUGGUGCUCUAUUUCAUCCUGAUGGCACAGGGCAUUCACAUGCACGCCUCCAGGAUCCAGUGGGGCCUGGUGAUGUGCUUCUUGUGCUACUUUGGCACCUUUGCAGUGGAGUUCAGGCACUACAGGUUUGAGAUUGUUUGCUCUGAGUACCAGGAGAACUUUCUGAGCUUCUCCGAGAGCUUGUCGGAAGCCUCCGAGUACCAGACAGACCAGGUGUAGGCUGUCCUCUGGCAGGGGGGGAGGGGGGCAA